UUAAUUUAAUUAGACCCUCAGGUCCAUCAUCUACCAUAUCAGAUUAUCUUUCUUCUUCAAGUUUUCAUCUCAAGUAUCAGAUUGCUUUAAUUUUAGUUCCUGGUGCAUUCAGAGAAACAGAUAUGGACUCCAUUGACUUCUUUCAAGUUUUGAUCAUAAUCAUAAUACUCAUCAUGACUCUGUUCUACAUCUACUUCAGACCAUUAACAUCUUCUUCUUCUGCUGCUGUUGCUGCUGUUGAUACUGACAUCCCCCCUCUUCAAGAAAAGUAUGAUGUGUUUAUUAGCUUCAGAGGUGAGGACACACGCGAUGCUUUUACCAGCCAUCUUCACAAGGCUUUACUUGGGAAGAAAAUUGAGACCUACAUGGAUUACAGACUGGAGAAAGGAGACGACAUUGGACCUGCCCUUCUAGAAGCAAUCGAGAAAUCGAAAAUUGCACUAGUCAUUUUCUCAAAAGACUAUGCUUCUUCCACUUGGUGUUUGAAAGAACUUGUGCAUAUACUUGGAUGCAAGAAAAGCCAUGGACAGAUUGUUAUACCCAUUUUUUAUCGCAUAGAUCCAUCACAUGUACGAAAAAAAAAGGGAACUUAUACACUUGGUGGGCUGCUUUGGAGACUUGAGAAACGUUUUAAGGGCAGUAUGGAUGAGGAGGCCAACUGGAGGGCUGCUUUGGAGGAAGCAGCCAAUAUGUCUGGGUUUCAUUAUUCCAGCAAAACAGGGACAGAGGCCGAUUUUGUUGAGAAAGUUGUUCAAGAUCUUUUGGCCAAAUUGAAUCGCGAAUCGUCAAGUGAUUUAAAGGGUCUGGUUGGAAUUGAAAGGAAAAUUGGGAAAAUUGAGUCGUUAUUAUGCUUGGAUUCACCAGGUGUUUGCUGUGUAGGUAUUUGGGGCAUGGGUGGUAUUGGCAAGACCACCCUUGCUGAUGCUGUAUUUCACAGGCACUCCUCUAAAUUUGAAGUUUGUUGUUUUCUUGCAAAUGUCAGGGAGAAAUCAGAAAAAACGGAUGGACUAAAUGACUUGCGCAAUACACUUGUUCGUGAAUUAUUAAAGGAUAAAGAUGUAAAUAUCAACACUCCGUCCAUACCAUCUCAUAUUCAAGAUAGGCUCAGGCGUCCAAAGGCGCUCAUUGUUCUUGAUGAUGUGAAUGAUGAAAAACAACUAGAAUAUCUUGUUGGUGAAAAUGAUCGGUUUUGCCAUGGAAGUCGAAUCAUUAUAACAGCUAGAGAUAAAGGCCUACUUGGGUUAAAAGUUGACCAUGCGAAGAUAUUCAACGUUGAGGGAUUAGGUUCUGAUGAAGCUCUUCAGCUCUUUCGUUCGCAUGCUUUUGGAAGUAAGUCUCCAACAACAGAUUAUACUGAGUUGUCAAGAAAGGUGGUACAUUAUAUUAAUGGCAUUCCGUUAGCUCUUAAACUUAUGGGGUCCUUAUUCCAUCGUUGCAAGAGCAAACAAGAGUGGGAAGUUCAAUGGGAAAAAUUGAAACAAUUUCCAAUUGAAAAAAUCGAGAAAGCUUUGAGAAUAAGUUAUGAUGGAUUAGGAAAAAAUGAGAAGGAGAUUUUUCUUGAUAUAGCAUGUUUUCAUAAAGGCUGUGAGAGGAAUUAUGUGAAAGUAUUAUUAGAUAGUCGCGAUUUUCAUGGGGAAGCGGGAAUUAAUGAUCUUAUUGAUAGGUCUCUCAUAUCAAUUUCAAAAGAUGGGUGGAUAGAGAUGCAUGAUUUGGUGCAAGAAAUGGGUAGGACAAUUGCUCGAGAACAACACAAUAGGUUGUUUAUUGGAGAGGAUGUCUAUCAAGUAUUGACAAAUAACCAGAGAGAUGGACAUGUUCAAGCCAUAUCCCUUGACUUGUCUAAGAUUGAAAAGCCACACUUGAAAGAUCCAAACUUCGAACAAAUGUAUCAACUAAGAUGGCUACGUGUCAGUUUAUCUGAUAUUUUCAGGAAUUACCAGUUCACUGGUUCUCUAGGUCUUCCCAAUUAUCUUAGAUAUCUUCGCUGGGACAAAUAUCCUUUGAAAUCUUUGCCAUCAAAAUUUUCUGCUCAAAAUCUUGUUGUCCUUGAAAUGCCGUACAGCCAAGUUGUGGGGCAACUUUGGAAUGAAGACCAGAGUCCUGUGAACUUAAAAUGGAUCAAUCUUGCUGAAUGCGAACAUAUAACUAAAGUCCCAGAUCUCUCUCAGAGUCUAAAAGUUGAACAUAUAGAUCUGCGUCAGUGUACAAGUUUGGUUGGAAUUCCUUCGUAUUUUCAACAUCUUGGCAAGCUUACUUAUCUUCACCUUGGGGGGUGCACAAAUCUCAAAAAUCUUCCCGAGAUGCCGUGCUAUCUUGAAUUCUUAAAUUUAUAUGGCACAGCAAUAAAGGAAUUGCCUUCAUCAGUUUGGUCUCACGAAAAAAUAUCUCACUUAGUUAUUACAUCUUGUGAACACCUUAAGAGUCUUCCAAGCAACAGUUGUAAGCUGAAACUCUCUCUUAGUCUAAAAGGCUGCGAAUCUCUUUGCGAGUUUUGGGAGCUUCCCAGGGGUACGACAGAGCUAGCGUUGACUUGUUCAACAAUAAGAGAAUUGAGGAAUGCAUCAAUAGAGUCUGCCGUUGGUCUCACUGCAAUUAAACUACUCAAUUGCAAAAGUCUUGUGAGUCUCCCAACGAACAUUUGGAAGUUGAAAUCUCUGAAGAGCCUUGAUCUCGAGAAUUGUUCUAACUUUCAAAACUUCCCAGAAAUCUCGGAGGUUAUGGAACAUCUGGAGUUUCUAAAUUUAUCACGUACAGCGGUUAAAGAGCUUCCCCCAUCAAUUGGAAAUCUGGUUGCACUUCGAGAAUUAGAUCUCCACAACUGCAAGAACCUUGAGGUUGUCCCCGAUGAGCUCUUUUGCUUAACCUCAUUACAAGUGUUAAAUUUGUCUUACACUAAAAUUAAGAGCAUACCUGAAAGCAUCAAACAAGCUGCUCAGCUGUCUCACAUGUUCCUCAGCCAUUGCGAAAGCCUUGAAUCUUUACCAGAGCUCCCCCCAUUGCUUCAAUGUCUUGAAGCAGAAGAUUGCACCUCACUGACGACAGUGUCAAGUUCAAGCACUGCACUCGCACACGGUUGGGAAAAAUAUAAAUUUUCUCGAGGGCUUCAUGAGAAACAUAUAUUUUCUAAUUGCCCAGAGUUGGAUGAGAACGCACGAAGCAACAUAAUGGUUGAUGCACAGCUCAGAAUUAUGCGAAUGGCAACUGCAUCGUCAAAGUUCAAAGAAGACAGAAUUGAAGAAGCAUCAUAUAAUUCAGAUGAGGAAUCUUUCGUUGGCAUUAGAUGUUGUGGGAAUGAAAUUCCAAAAUGGUUCAGCCAUAAAAGUGAGGGAUGUUCAAUAAAGAUUGAGCUUCCUCAUGAUUGGUUUAGCACAGAUUUCUUGGGUUUUGUUCUAUCUCUUGUUGUUGCAAAUGACAGACGCGACCCUCGGAUUCGUAGCAUUGAAUGCAAGUACAACUUCAAAACUAGAAAUGGUGAAAGCCGUGAAGUCAGCCAUCCUUUAUGUAAACUGGAAACGAAUAUUAGAAGCAGAGAUUCACAUAAGCUGUUUGUGUGGUGGUGUAGUAAUGUCUUUGAAGAAGUUGUAGAAGGAGCUCAAAGCCCCACUGCAUUUUACAAACUUGUUACUGAGGUCAGUGUUGACUUCACCAUGAUUUAUUAUAGCCUCGAACCCUCUCCGGUGGAGAAGUGUGGGAUAUGUCUGUUGUAUGGCAAAGAUGCUGAGAUGAUAAAGCAGAGGGCUUUGUACGGCCAAGAUGCCUAAAUUCAAAAUUUCUUUUGAUUUUAGCUGUUUGGUUUGCAAGCCUUGUGGCUGAGGGAUGUCUUUCUUGUUUUAACCCUUCGCCCUCCUCUCCAUCGCAAAGCUUUUUAGCUGAGGAUGCUUUUGAGUUUAGUUUGUCACUGCCCACAUAAGCCAUGUGAUAUAUUCUUCAUUGAAUUCAAGUAUUAAAUUGUUGAAUGGCUUCA